AUGGGGCAGUUUGCAGCCAAAUGCAAUGGGGGUGGGGUGGGGGGUAGUAGUUUGCACUGUGGCCAUCAGAUGGCGCUUAAGAGGCUCCACGGUCCUACAGAUAGAGUUGAAUGGGAUCCAGUGAUCUGCCACAGAGGCGGGAGGGGAGUGCUGCACAAGUCCUGGACGAGGUUUGAGCCAAAAGCCCUGUGCUGCCUGACUUUUAUCGGCAUUCCUCCGCCUGUCCGACCCGCAGGACGGAGCCUGACGGGUCACGAAAAGGACAAAAAGUGGGUUUGUGUGUGGAAUCAGUCCUCUACACAGCAUCUAGAUCCUCAGAGCAUGGGGGAGCAGCCCAUCUUCAGCGCCAGAGCUCAUGUCUUCCAGAUCGACCCGGCCACCAAACGCAACUGGCUGCCGGCCAGCAAACAUGCCGUCACCGUGUCCUUCUUCUACGAUGCCAGCCGCAGCGUCUACCGCAUCAUUAGCGUGGGCGGAACGAAGGCCAUCAUCAACAGCACCAUCACCCCCAACAUGACCUUCACCAAAACCUCCCAGAAGUUUGGCCAGUGGGCAGACAGCCGGGCCAACACCGUCUACGGCCUGGGCUUCUCCACAGAGCAACAGCUGCAGCAGUUUGCAGAGCAGUUUAAGGAGGUGAAGGAGGCAGCCCGCCUGGCCAGAGAGAAAUCUCAGGAGAGGUUUGAACUGGCUAACCCUGCUCUCAACAUUGCAGCUCCAGAGCUCUCCCAGCAGUUAUCGGAGGACCGCCAUUCUCCACCGCUGCUCACAGUCAAUGGGCCGGGCGAGGAAAAACUAUUUCGCAGCAAGAGCGCCGAGGUGCAGCUGACGGCUGAGAAGGAGAGGGUGAAGAAGAUGUUGUCUGAAGGGUCUGUGUGUGAGAUAAACCUGGAGGCUGAACUCUUCACCCUGCAGGACAGUAACUCCAAGCUGGUGGAAGCACUGGAGGAAGCCAACAGCAGCGUGGAGCAGUGGAAGAAACAGCUGGCUGAAUACCAGGAGGAGACGGAUCGCCUCAGAGACCAGGUGGCAGAGCUUGAGGCCCAGCUGGGGCAUCCUGCUGCUAGUCAGACUGCUAGAGAGGAGCUGAGUCGGUCACUGGAGGAGCUGGAGGCCCUGCUGAGCGCCAAAGAUCAGGAAAUUCACAACCUUCAGAGCAAGAAGACAGAUGUGGGCGAGCUGGAGAAGGAGAGAGAGGAGGCCAUGCAGAGACUCCAGGAUCUGGAGAGACGAAACCACGAAUUGGAGGAUCGGGUCCAGAGUGCUGAAAAGACGCUGGCCUCCAGUCAGGAGGAGCAGAACCAGGCGGAGGUCGAGGUCCGACGCAUCAUCGACGUUCUGGACGUCAAAAUCUGCGACCUGAACGAGCUGAGACAGAGCCUGGCAAAACUCAUCGACAAAUAGCCACAGCAGCAGUUGGGCUGCAUCUCCACAGUUGGCACAGGUUCCAACCAUGCGGCCUUGAUUUGUGUUUUACUGCUUUAUCAGCGGAGCAGCAAUCAAAGCAAUAUGGAGGAAAACAUACAGAUGUUCACCUUCAUGGAUCUGUUUUUUUUUUUAAGAUCAGUGCAGGCAAACAGGCGUCAAAAACCUCUUAAAGGUGCUAUGUGCAGAAUAAAACAUCAAUAUCACCUUAAUACUGCAACCGUAUUAUAAACAGUUGACAGUGUGGUCUAACUGGAUACUACCAUUAUUUUUCUAUAUCAUAGUUCCCAGCAGCUGCAUAUCCUUGAGCCCCUGAAGAGGAUAAUAUAAUUUUUACACCAUCUGCCAUCACUGAGCACUCUUUACAGCUUUAGAUCAAUUUGCUCUGGAAGAACAGCGCCCUCCACCUCUUUUGGGUGCCAUUGCAAGUCAGUGUAUUUUGCCUAAAUCUGACCUGGUGGUUUUCAAUGUAAAAUGUGGAUUAGUGGCUGCUGGGAGCUAAACAUUUUUUCAGUGAUGGUCUCACUUGUUGAUGGUAAUGAUACUGAUGUCUUAAAAGGACUGAAGAAAUGAUUUAUUGAUAGCAAACUCUACUUAAAGCACCUUUUAAAAAGAGGACUUGCACCAAAAGUGGUUUGCUAUUUUGUAAAAGUGGACAUUUGCAACUAGUAUCAAAUGAUUUUUUUUACUUGUUAGUUUAUUUUUGCGUGAUGUAUCUUUAUUUAACACAAAGCAGGCAAUCUACUUGUGUUAGUAUACUCUCUUACUGAAUUAAGAGGCAAGGGUGGCAGUAAAACUCGGAAAGAAUCAAAAGAUAAUGGUCUGGCGGUGUUAAAUAAAGCCAGUGUUGCUGUGUUUUCCUGCAGAGGUCUCAGCCAUUUAACGGUGGCUGAGCACAGACAGUAAAACUGCAGCCCUGUAACAGCAACGCUCGAGUCAGGACUUGAAAUGGUUGAAAACUAAUUUUAUGGACAAUAACAUUUAUAUACCUAUACUAAACAUAAAUAUUUGAUCAUAAUUCUGGACAUUUGGGUUAUAGAAAGAGCAAAGCAACUGUGCAUAGAUGUUUUUUUUCAAUGGGGUUUGGCAGAAGGCUGACACAAAAAAACUCAUAGCCUGAGGCUCACACUUAACAGUCCUGUAUGACUCGGCUUUUAGGAAUGCAUUUUCUUAGGUUAUUGGUAGAUCACAGAAGUCAGCGUGAGUAAGACAAAUAUACAAAGACAGGCUAUACAAGUGAACAAGUGUCUACUUUUACAGAAUAACAACCCUUCAGCUCAUGUUGGUGUCAUCCUUCCUUUAGCACUGUGGAGAUGCACCCAGUAGGAGUCAGGAUAAGGACACAUUGAGGCAAAGGUCUUGAAUAAAGUCAGCUCUGGUUCACCAUCAGCAGCCUGGACUGGCCUCAUACCAGCCAGAACAUCAGCAAACUCAGAUGCAACAACCUGCUCCCAUUCUGUCCUCUGAGGAUCGCCAGCGUAUGACCUUUUUUUUUUUUUUUUUUUUUUUUUUUUGGUAACAUUUCAUGAGGACUGCUCUUUUCUCACCACUUUAGAUUAUUCAUGUUCAUUAACAGUUACUCGCAGUUGUGAUGGGAAAUGAGACAUGGCUACCGGCCAGAUCUCUGCUUGGUUUGUUCUCUCUGCCAGGCCACUUUGACAGGUAGACGAGUGAUUGAAGGAGAGGUCCAGAUGUGUCGCUGUGGCCUGUGGUGGUGUUUUCUCACUCUGUCGAAUUGAACCUGAGAUUGCACUUGAUUAUGUUUGUGCCAAGUUUGAUUUUGUUUACAUGUGUCAGUGUUCACGAAAUGGUUUAUGUACUUUUUUCUGUGUUGCUCAACACUACCAUUUACCAUAAUAGUAAUAAUAACCCUAGAAAGAGGCUCAGCAGAGCUGCAGAGCAUAGAUCACUAUGAGAGCACUGCAUGAGCUCUGCAGAAGCCCCGUACCUGCCAAGGAAUGUGAAGCUGUGUGUGUAUGUGUGUGUGUGCACAAUACCUAGCAGUGUGCAACCUGAGAGUUAAAAAGCACAACUGCAGUAGUUUUAGUAAAAUAGGUACUUAAUUGACUUGUCUGUCAGCUUUGUAUAUGAAGUUCUGAUGCACAUUAUCUAUUGAUCUUUGCUUCUCGCCCCCUGAUGAGUUAUUGAUUUCUUCAUAUGACAGUAAUAUAGGUGCAGAUAAGGUGCAGUCUAUUGCAGCUGAUGACGCAGUAACUGCCAGAAUCAUACUAACAUGUCAAAAUGUGAUUUAGGUCAUUACAAGGUGCAGUCUGCGAUUCUGAUCCAAUCAUGUCUCAUCACGGUCCACUUGCUGUCCAUUCUGUGUGCGCCAAAAAAAAAAAAGAAAAAGAAAAAGAAAAAU